AUGAUGGAAGGUCCAAAGAGAAAAUACACAGAUGAUUCCCAAUUGAAGGAAUUGGAGUCUAUGAACAGAAAUAGACAAUCGUUAGCAUUUGAUGAAGAUUAUGAGAGCUCUAAAAUGGCUUUGAAUGAGACUCCUACUCCUUUGGAAUCUGGUUCUGGUUCUGGGUCUGGUUCUGGGUCCGGCUCUUCAACAACAAAUAUGGGGACUCCUGAACCUUUGAAUCAAAUAUCAACAAAUAUCGAGGCUAAAUUAGGUAAAGUUGAAGCUGGUGAAAUUAAAACUCAUCAACCAAAGUUAAAAUUGGUUAGAAAAGCUACGGAUCAAGAUCUUUAUGAAUUGAAAACUAAAGUUAUAGUGGAUAAUAAAAGAUUUAAAGAUGGUUUACCGAAAUCAAAAUUAAGUGAUGUUAAAUUUUCAAAUGUUGAUUCUAUUUUAGAUCAUUCAGCUACCAAGACAAAUAGAUUUGCUGGAUUUUAUAUAUUAUUUUGGUUUGGUGUUAGUGUUACAGUUAUUGAUUCUUUUGUUAAUUAUAUCUUAACAAAUGGAUUCCAUUCUCAAAUUGUGGCAUUAUUAUUAACAGAUUUAUUUGAUAUUGCAUUUACUGAUUUGGUAAUGUAUUUAUCCAUAUAUUUUGUAUUUAUAUUACAUUCAUUUGUGUCCAAGGGUUUCAUAUCAUGGACUAAAACAGGUUGGAUCAUUUUAUCAAUUUAUGAAUUAGUAUAUGUUUAUACAUUCAUGUCAAUUGCAGAACAUCGGAACUUCCCAUGGAUUGGUAAAAUUUUUCUUUUUUUACAUCAAUUAGUAUUAUUAAUGAAGAUGCAUUCUUAUGGAUUUUAUAAUGGUUAUUUAUGGAGAAUUAAAGAAGAAUUAGAAUUUUCCAAGGCAUUUCAAAAAAAAAAUGAAGAUAUUGAUGAUGAUCAUAUCAAAAAAUUAAUUGAAAAAUCAAUUGAAUUUUGUGAAUUUGAAUUACAAUCUCAAUCAAUAAAUGAAUCAUUCCCACAAAAUAUUAAUUUGAAAAAUUUUUUCAAUUAUACAAUGUUUCCAACUUUAGUUUAUCAAAUUGAUUUCCCAAGAACUAAUAAGAUAAGAUGGAAAUAUGUUGGAGAAAAAUUGGCUGCUAUAUUUGGUGUUAUUACAUUAAUGAUUGUUAUUGCACAAAAUUAUAUGUAUCCAUUAGCAAUUAGAGCAAUUCAAUUAAGAGAAUUAUCAUUAUUUGAUAGAAUUUUACAAUAUCCAUUAUUAUUAUUAAAUAUUAUGCCACCUUUUUUAUUAAUUUAUAUCUUGGUUUGGUAUUUAAUUUGGGAUGCUAUAUUAAAUUGUAUUGCAGAAUUAAGUAAAUUUGGUGAUCGUGAUUUUUAUGGAGAUUGGUGGAAUUGUAUAUCAUGGGAUCAAUUUGCAAGAGAAUGGAAUAUACCAGUUCAUAAAUUUUUAUUAAGACAUGUUUAUCAUAGUUCUAUAAGUGCUUUUAAAUUAUCCAAGACAAGUGCUACAAUUUUCACAUUUUUAUUAAGUUCAAUUGUUCAUGAAAUGGCAAUGUAUGUACUUUUCCAUAAAAUGAGAGGUUAUUUAUUAUUAUUACAAAUGUUUCAAUUACCUUUAGUGGCAAUUUCUAAAUCUAAAUAUUUGAAAGAAAGAAGAACUUUAGGUAAUGUUAUGUUUUGGUUUGGUAUUGUUAGUGGUCCAUCAUUAAUGUGUACCCUUUAUUUAACAUUUUAA